AUGAUGUAUAUCCAGAAAAAAAGGAGAUAUGAUCGACUACGCCACCAUUUGUUGCCAAUGUACAGUUAUGAUCCUGCGGAGGAGCUACAUGAGGCUGAGCAAGAACUCCUAGUGGAGCCAGAGGACACUAAAAUGAUGCGAGGUUGGGGAGGAUACCAGCCCUAUCGUAAUUCAUUUAUGGAUGUGAAAGCUUGAUGGUACUCAUCUCGGACUGAUCACAGAGGGUAGAUGGAUGACCUCUUCUACCUGGCAUGUGUGCCAACUUGAAUGCCAUUAACGUUGCUGCCUUUCUUUACACUUCAGUACUACAGCCUCUUGACGUGACUUCCAGUAACAGAAGGUGUGAUGGAUGCCAGCCGUGUCGAGGAGAUUGGCACUGAGCACCUGGUACAAAGAGUAGCCCAGGGGGGGUUGGAGAAUUGUGUUUGGAACUAGGACAGCUUGCUAUGUGGUAUCAUUCUUCGUAUCAACCAUCUCCUAAUUUGCAUUUUAUGUGGAUGAUGAGAUGCAGGAGUUUAUGAAAUUUUGAGUAAAAUAUCACUGAAUAGCUCUUGCAUUACGGGCAUCAAUCCUCAAAAGCUCUGCUUCAUUUUAAAAAAAAAAGCAAAGCAGUGAACCUCCAUUUCCUUUUGUGAACAAAGAGCAUCAGAAUGCAGCUGCUGUGAUAUCCCAGCACAUUGCUUGCUGCCUUCUCUGCCUAAGAAUGUAAAAGGGUGUAUUAUUUAAAGCUGUUGGAUUCCUGUAACAUACUACUGAACAGAUGCGAGCAAAGUGAAUAAAAUCGCCAAAUGCAUAACUUGGUGCUUGAGGAGUGAUGGUAUACUUCUUGAAAUAGGGAUAACGGUUACAUGACAUCAGCUUUGGAAUUAUUGUGUGUGCUACAUGCUGGGAGGAUGCAGUUUAGCUAGGAAGUUUGUAUAGAUGCUUAGCAUGUCUAUCAGAAAGGACCAUCGUUAUGAGAACUAUUUUCUUUGGUGACCUGUUUGAGCUCAACAGGGACAGUGUUAUUUGGUAUUUGGGAAAUCAUCUCUGUUUUGUAAAUAAAACUGAACCCAACUAGGAGUACCUGUGGCAAAACAUCAAGCUUUUACAGUACUAUGACCUGUUAUGCCUGUCUUUGUGAAUACAGCUUGUUACCAUUGAUAUAUCUGUGAUGGACAUUUUGGUGCAGCAAUGUUAUUGCUGCUUUGCUGAAAAAUUUGUGCUACUCAUUGCUUGCUGAACUUGGCUAAUGGACACAGAUUAUGCACUUAAUGUAGAAGGCUGUACUGGUAACUUUGAGAAAGUGUCUUAAUGUACCCCCCCUCCCCCCAAAAAAAGUUUUGAUUUUUAGCAAAGUUGGAGGUGUUCCACACAUUUUAAGAACAUUGGGAUGCAACUUACAUUGCAUACAUCGGAUGCCUUUUGAGGUUGACAAUGUAUUCCUAAUGCAAUGGGAAAAAUGUGACGAUUAUGGUUCUGGAAAUAAAGUUAUUUUUUCCAUGACGACUGAAUGCACACGACAAUGCACAUUGCAACCAUCGCUUCUCUUCCUAAACACACGAUUAAUAAACUGGUGGUGCAGCUGCAUGGGCUGAAUUAAUGGUGGUUUGAUGCCACCAUGAAGAAAAGCAUUCUUCUGCCAUUCCCUGCAUCAUCUUCCAAUGAAAUCAAUAUGUACUGUGUCCUGUAGUUUGUUUUAUUUUGUCCCCAUCUGUAUGCCUUUGGUUUAUAUCUCAUUGCUAUUAACUCCU